AUGAACGCUAAUAUAUGGGUUGCUGCCUCAGAUGGUAAUUUAGACCGAGUUGAACGUAUUCUCCGCGAGAGCAACGGCGCCAUGACCCCGCAAUCCAAGGACAUUAACGGCUACACUCCAAUGCAUGCUGCCGCCGCAUACGGCCACAUGGAUCUGCUGAAAAAAAUGUGCAGCGAGUACAACGGGGACAUCAAUGUAUUAGACAACGAUGGUGACACCCCAUUGCAUCAUGUGGAGGACGUAGCCACUGCCAAGUUGAUCGUGGAAGAGCUAGGUGGAGACUUCACUAUUAGGAAUGUGGAGGGCCAAACGCCAUACGACUCGUUCGUCGAGAAUGGCGAAGAUGGUGAGCUGAUUGAGUACAUGAGGAUCAAGUCUGGCGUAGCCGAUACCCACGGAGUGGACGGCUCGCAGGGCGAGGGUGUCAUCGACAAUAGGUUGCUGGAGGAGUUCAAGGACAGCGUGAGGUACACUUUGGAAAAUGACCCUGAGGAAGGCGCAGACGAAGCCACUUUACAACGUAGGAGGCAAUUGGAACAGAUCGUUACGGGAGAUAACGCUGAAGAGGAAUUGGAAAGGUACAUCCGUACCAUGGUCAGAGAGCAGAUGCUGGGUCAGGGCUCCAUGGGGGGUUCCGAGGACGAACCAGGUUCCAAGAGAAGAAAAUAA